CCGAGGAGUCGGAGCUUCAGACACGUGGCAGGAUUUGGAGGGACUUUGUGGUGCGGUUUGUAUCUGGACGACACGUGGCGGGUUUUCUGAAAAGGGACUGCGAGGCUGGUAUCGGGACACGCGGCGGGACUACUAAUUAGUGGGGACUGAGGAGUGGGUACUAGUGGGGGGGGACACGUGGGAAGAUCAAGCGGGGGACUGGAGCUGGCAGGUACGACGUGGACACGUGGCAGAGUCAGCGCGGACUGGGAGGAGGAGCUGCCGGGGUGGGACACGUGGCAUGGGACACGUGUCCCGUGGCACAAACGUGGCAGAAUAAGUGGGACUGGGAGCAGCUGGGACACGUGGCAGAAUCAGUGGGACUGAGAGGAGCUGGGACACGUGGUAUGAACGACGACGAUGCAAGUAUGACUGCCAAUGCGCGCCAAGCGCAGGGAGCACGGGGGGAUGGCGGAAUGGCCUUGACUGCUGGGUUGGGGAUUCAUGGUGAUGAAGAAGCGCGCCGAGCCCGGGAAGAAAUGGGGGAGGGGGGAUUUGGGGGGUCGUGUGAGACGGGGUUGGCCUGCACGAGCAGCAGGAGGGGAGGUAAGGAGAUGGGAGAGUUGGGACAGGGAGGAGGGAGGGAAUGGCCGUGGAUGACCUCUUGGGUAUGUUUGGAAUCGUUUUCGUCUAGAGGAAGGGAGUUGAUUGAAGAAGGAGGAGGAGGAGGAGGAGGAGGAGGAGGAGUUGUAGGUGGAGGAAGGAUAUCGGGGAGCAGGAGGUGGAACAGAGGGAGCAGGAAGAAGACGGCGAUGGAUGGAGGUCGAGCUAUGUCUUCGCUGUCGACCUUAGCUAUGGCGGUCGUCACUCUUGUUGCUCUGUUGACGUUGUCUUCGAUGGAUUUUAUAACCCUUGCGGCGGGUGAUGACGAGAUCAGGAUCAACUGUGGUGGCAAGAUGAUAAAUGAUGAGUUGCUGACGUGGAGAGAAGACUGUUUUUUUAUUGGUGGAACGCCUGUUAGGGUUCAAUUUCCGCUCCGCAUUUCUUCGACAGACAAGGUCUUAGACGAUUAUAGAAGGUUUCCGCUGUUUUCAGAGCAGGAGAUGGCAGUGGGUACGUAUCGCAUUAGUGGGCUAACGGAGGGGUACUAUGCGGUUGUCCUGAUUUUCAACGAGGAUCGAGUGCCACCCGUCUUCUUCGAUGUGUCGUUGCAGAAUCACCGAGUGGACCGGAUUUCGCUCUCGUCGACGUCUCCCCUUGCUUCGUUCUUGAGAAGGGAAAAGUCCCAGAGGGAGUACCGGGUGUAUGUCGCAAAUGGGACCCUGGAGAUAGGGUUCAUCGCCCUGCCAGGCGGUGGGUACCCACGGGUUGCGGGGAUUGUUGUCGUGCCGUUUCCCGCUGCCUCGAGGAUGACACAUUUCUUCUCAUGGGCGCGAACCGGCACUGUCUCCAUUCUCCGGUUGGAGCACCGGCUUGCAUGUGGUGCCACCGGUCCUCCUUAUGUUGUUGAAGCUCUGCCUGAUCUCCUUCCAUGGCAGAGCGACGACGAACUUCUCGAGCCGAUCUUUCAAAGUGCUGGCCACAAUUUCCGGUCCGGACAAUCGGUGAGAGACCCCCUUUUUCCUUGGGUUCAUGAACGUGUCUGGGCACAAGGAAGGUCGCCGAUCAGCAAUUCCAGCUUGACAUACAAUUUCACCACAGCUGGGGCUGAUCAGUACCUUGUUAUUGUCUACUUCAAUCAAUCGGAAAGUUCGGUGAAUAUUUCUGAAGCAGUCGCAAAUACAUCGAACCUUCUGCCUGUGCGCUGUGCUGAUGCGGAGGGUCUAAAUGUCAUGGUAGUUGGGGAAUUGAAUUGCACUGUAUCUGGGGGUCUGAGAGGCUUGGUUAUAGGGGUAAGUGGAUCGCAAGCCAAUCGCACAAUUACGCUAUCUUUUUCCCUCAAGGGCAGCGAUCAAGAAAAAGGGUCCUUGAUUGUCAGCGGUAUCGAGGUGUAUGGGGUUCUUCCUCGGCGUGAAUUGCCGGCAAAUGAAGAGGGAACAUUCCAUGCAUUGGCAGACUACUACGAGUUUGACAACAACAACAAGCGUCUUAAUCCAUGUCUUGCUCCACAACAUGAGGCUGUCGAAUGCGAGACGCUGGGUCAGACUUCUAAUGCAUCGGUUGUUCAAUUCAUGCUCCCAAGGAGGCUGCUCCCGAGAAGAAUGCUCCGCGAAAGGAAUGCUACGCAGCCAAAGGAGAUAAAUGAAAGACUGAAUGGAUUCUCUUACAUGAGACAAUUGCAUGUUGAAGGCAAUAAUCUGACUGGGCCAGUUCCAGAGGAAUUGCGCCGGUUGAAGAGCUUCACGCAUGACUCUGGCUUAUCUGCAAAUGUCCCUUUGGCGGUUCCAAAUCGGGAUCCCUCCAACGACGAUUCUGAACAAAACCAGAGCCAAAAGAAAACGAAAUUCCUGAAAAUUCUUAUACCUGUGAUGGUACUGGGCAUCGCUCUGCUUCUGGCAAUUCUGGCACUUCUUACCCUUUACUUGUGCAGAAAGAGGAGAGGGGACACAAUGAUCUUUUCUCCUAAUCGCAACCGUGAGGUCCAGCUUCUUAAUCCCAAAGACGCGGCAAGAGGCGAUAUCAACCUUAGUGAUCUGGAGAUAAACAAGAGCAACGGAAUGCGAGUGUUCACGUAUCCUGUGCUUCAUAACAUCACAAAUAACUUUCAGACAAAGAUCGGCUCCGGCGGAUUCGGCAACGUGUACAAAGGCCAGUUCGCGUCCAAGGAAACAGUGGCGAUCAAGUUGCUGAAGAGCAAUGCCAAACAGGGCGUGGAAGAAUUUCGAAAGGAGGUGGAAGCGUUAUCUCCCCUGAGGCAUCGCUUUCUUGUUCGGCUUAUCGGGUACUGUAAUGACCAGAAUCAUCAAGCGCUCAUAUAUGAGUAUGUUCCCAACGGGAGUCUGAAGGAUGCGCUCCAUGGGCCGCAAUCUAAGCUCCAUCCCCUCACAUGGCGUGCAAGACUUCAGAUUGUGCUGGACGCAGGGCAAGGGGUUCUUUACCUUCACAAACAGAUUACACCGGCCAUCAUCCACAGAGAUAUCAAAGCAAGUAACAUCCUGGUGGAUCACAAGUAUCAUGGAAAGCUUGCCGACUUUGGGUUGUCCAAGCUCUUGGAGCCUGACGAUGGCACGCAUGUCUUCACCGCCAUCAAAGGAACGAAAGGAUAUGUCGAUCCGGAGUAUGCGGAGACGCAAGUCCUGACAGAGAAGAGCGACGUGUAUAGUUUUGGGGUACUUCUUCUGGAGAUCAUAACAGGGAAAAGGCCAGCGGAUAUGGUCCAUCGGAAAGAAAGAGGACGGCCCUCAGCUCCCAACUUAAUUGAAUGGGUCAAAAGCACUUUACAAGAAGAGACAGAGAUGCAGACGCUGCUGCCGCGGGAGAACUGGCGGGGAAUCGAAGCGAUCCUCGAUCCGAAACUUCCAAAGUUGUUCAACGUCGAGUCCAUCAAGUUCGUGCUUACGGUUGCGCUGCACUGCACAAACAAAAGGGCAAAGGAGCGGCCGAAGAUGCAGGAGGUGGUAAGAGAACUGCAAGACGCCAUCGCCAUGGAGGAUCUGCCGUCGCUCUCGGACAUGGCGCCAAGGUCAAAGCCGACUCCCUCGCGCGUUUCUUCUUCGGUUCGAGCGUAGAUUCCUCGUUGUUUUCGGACAAACAAGUGAGCGCGCCGUCCUUUUGGUUAAUGCCCUGCCUGCUCAGAUGGUGAGUGAGUUGGUUGUCCCGGGCCGUAUUCAACAAUAGGAGUUCCGUGGCCGUGCUCAAACAAUGAAGGAAUCGCUCCAGUGAUGUGGAGUAGAUGCAUAGCGGGGCGAGUUAGGUGGCUGUGUCGGGCCAUACUCACUCUAGGACUUUUCUGGCUGUCUCUGCCUCUGCUUUUACGGUCAGUCCCGGACGAAUCUCACUGCACUUACACCCAGAGAUACGCGCGGUCAUUACAGCCAUAUUUGGGCCAAUUUUCUGCCCAGAUGCAACGGUAAUGACCGGCCAUUCUAUUCGGGUGAAGACUGUCGUGCGAGUUGACUGUGUCAGACAAAGGUCAAAGAAAUAACUUCGUCCCAAUUCCUCUUCCUGUCUGCUGUACAGUCAUGCCAAGAGUUGGAAGCUGCUCUUGGAAUCUCCGAGGAGUCGUGAGUCGAGGCGAAGAAACACCUUCCCAUACGCUGGUGUAAUUGUCGUCGGAGUUGCGAGUUGACACCACUUUGUCGGAGGACGGACACCGUUGGUUGGUUGGUUCGUUGGUUGGUUCGUUGGUUGGUUGGUUGGUUGGUUGGUUGGUUGGUUGGUUGGUUUGGUUGGUUGGUUGGGGUGGUUGGUUGGUUGGUUGGUUGGGGUGGUUGGUUGGUUGGUUGGUAUACCAUCGCAGCAGGGAAUGAAAGUUGAGGACCUUUCGUUCCGCAGCCGACCUCGUCGAUUUUCUCAUCGCUUUCUUCUUGCGCUGAUGCUUUUGGGUGCGAGUGGUGAGUACCUGACGAGCAGGAACAGGAGCCAAAAGGGAUAAUUCAUCUGUUAUAAUGCUGUGAGUGGCACGGCCUCCCGUUUCUGAGCAAUGUAUUGAAGUUCAGUGCACAAUAGCCUAGGUUUUCUUUGAGGUCAUUUAGUACCCAAUGUUUGGGCAAUGUGCAUUUCGUAGGUCUUGCGGUCCUGGGAGUGCCUUUUUCCAAUCACGCAAUCGUGACAGUCUCCUAUUUCUAGACAAUGGAAUGCCAUCACUGCUGGGUAGUUAAGGUUGCUUUACCGUCUGACACAAAUUUGACUUCUUGCUUACGCUUAGAGCUGGGGUAGUGGAGGUUCCGUACGCCGACACACUGAAUCUCUGGCGUACAAUUAAAGCUCUGGGUAAUUGAGGUUCUAUUGGCUACCAUUGAUUAUCUUGCACAGAAUUGGUAGCGAGAGCAUCGCGAACUGAACUGCGUUGCUGUAUUUUGCCUUGCAUCUCUUUCGCCUACCAGUGACCUGUCGAAGCGCACAGCAUUGUUGGGGAAGAAGCCAUCUCACACGCUCGCAUGGCCGUUUGCAAGUUUCAUCUCUCCUCCCCUGUGGCAAUGCCGUACGCUACUGCCAGCGUGCACCUAGUGUCACCCUUGGGCUGCACUGUAGCUGGAGACUCUUGUUUGCCCUAGGUAGAACAGGAAAGAGGUGGAUGAUGAUGAUGAGGAGGAGCAGGAGGGUCGAGGAGGGGGACGACUAGAGUGGGAGCGAAGCUGUGUGAAAAACAGUUGCUGGACCGCUUUGGGGGGUCGAGGAGGGAGAAGGGGGGGGUGUUGAGAGUAGGGGAGGGAGGGUGUGGAGAGCGACCCGACGAGGGAGGAAGGAGAUAUGUGAUUGGUUGCAAUUGUCAGGAGGCAGCUUUUCUAAACCGCUACGGUGGCUGUGUCGAACUCUGGUUUGAGAGUAGGGGAAGGAGAGUGUGGAGAGCGACCCGGCGGGGAGGGAAGGAGAUAUGUGAUUGGUUGAGAUUGUCAGGAGGCAGCUUUUCUAAAUUGCUACAGUGGCUGUGUCGAACUUGUCUUAGCCGUUCAGAGGGUAACUGCUUGUCACCUGUUUUUGCUCUGUAUGAUUUUUUUUUUCGCUGACUGCCGGUUUCGU